AAUGCGUUUGACAAACGUUUUAUUGAAAAAAGUCAAGAGCAAGCGCAUCAUGGUUGUUGUUGAGAGUGUGGUCAGUGGCCAUAAAUUCAAUACCGUGCGUGACCGAUUGUCGGACAAAAUUGAAUGCAUACGUUUCGAUCCCUUUAUUCAAAAGGAUUGUGUCUAUAGGGAACGCAAGAAGAUUCGUAGUGCUUAAAAUUUAUGUUAUAUAUAU